GGAUGGUUAGAAGUUAGAAGAAAGCGAAUGGUGAUUGUAGUGUUAGAUCCAGAAAGCAGCUGUUGAACUUUUAGAAUAAGAAUAGAAGAGCAUCAGUGCAGGUUUAGAGGACUGCUCCUGUUUGGGAGUCGCAUAGAUUCACUACUAACUUAAUAAAUGAUCGGAGCCCAGCUGUAGAAAGGUAUUAAGUUUGUCAUUUAUUUUAGAUUGAAUUCCAUCAGUCGUUUUAAAUGCAACGGUGUUUAAUUUAUGAGAAAACGAUGGCAGCCGAGACGAAAAACGGCGGGUCUUCACUCAACAACAAUACCUGUAAAGACCACAACAGGAGAAAGUUACUGGUCGGAGUGGAUCUGUUCUGCCUGUUUUUAGCCGGCCUGCCUUUCUUGGUCAUUGAGACCAGCGCUGUUCAGCCUUACCGUAGAGGGUUUUACUGCGAUGAUGAGUCCAUCAAGUAUCCGGCCAAAAAUGGAGACACCAUUAGCGACGGUGUGCUUAGCGCUGCUGGCAUUCUUAUCACCAUCCUCUCUAUCAUCAUCGGCGAGAGCUACAGGAUCUACUUUUUACAUGAGGGAUCCAAGUCUUUUGUGGGGAACCCCUACAUUUCCGCCCUCUAUAAGCAGGUGGGCGUGUUCAUUUUCGGCUGCGCUAUCAGCCAGUCCUUCACCGACAUCGCCAAAGUGUCUGUGGGCCGACUGCGCCCUCACUUCCUGGAUGUGUGCAAACCUGACUUCAGCACUAUCAACUGUUCUCUGGGCUACAUCACAGACUACCAGUGUCAGGGGCCGGAGGGCAAAGUUCAAGAGGCCAGGAAGUCUUUCUUCUCUGGACAUGCAUCUUUCUCCAUGUACACCAUGCUCUAUCUAGUGUUUUACCUCCAGUCUCGCUUCACUUGGCAUGGCGCCCGCCUGCUGCGCCCUCUGACCCAGUUCACCCUCAUCAUGAUGUCCUUUUACACCGGCCUGUCCCGCGUCUCGGAUCACAAACACCACCCGACUGAUGUCCUGGCCGGUUUCAUACAGGGAGCCCUGGUGGCUUAUUGCAUUGUAUUUUUUGUUUCCGACUUGUUUAAACCAAAGGGCAGACGUUCAGCCCUUUCACAAACCCCAGUCAAAAAAGACCUGGUUCCUCCUCCAGACAUCAGAGAACGGAGCAACCCUCUUAUUAUGGCGUAGAAAAGACUAAAAACUGACUGUAGAUAACCUGACCUGUGCCAUUAAAAUCACUGCUAUACCCACUGGCAAAUACUGGAUAAAAUAAGCGCCCACAAUCCGGAUAACACAGACAAACAUGGAAUCUUGAACACGUCAGAGGACGGCUACGGAAAACAGACCAGCAGGUUUUGCUCCCUUCGUGGAAAGUCAUUUUUCCUCAGUUUCACCAGCGUUUAAUGUGGAAACGAGAGAUGGCCAAUCUUUUCAUUUAGGCCCUUGGAUAUUUAUUCAUUCUCUCCUGUUUUUUUUUUGUUUUGUUUUUUUUUUUAACAGAGCUUCUCUCGAUCCAUGGACAAAAGUUUUGACGUGAAAUGAAAGUAAGACGUGGCAGCUGUGAACAAAGCUGUGUCUUAUGCGUCCACAGUGGGAGCGCUACUAGUGUUUCUGCCACUGAUGUGUGAGAAAAAUCACGAGACGAAAAACAAAUUCCAAUUUUAGGAAGGAUGUAUAAACUUGGUUGUAUUACAAACAUAAGCAUUGUAUAUGUGAUUUAUAGCACUAUUUUAGCUCAACUCAGUACUGUGUCACCACUUGAAUGACCCGAAGUGAAGCUUUUGAAAAGCUUCGUAAGCCUUUAUUACGUCUAACAUGUAGUGUUCUAAUAGUAAGUGCACAUAAUUUACAGUAGAUGGAAAGUACAGUAGAGGGCGUUUGCGUUGGAGGUGGGCCUCUUUCUGCUGGCUAGGACGAGCCCCCACUGAGCCAUUUAAUGAAAUGACUGUCUGUUAUAUGUACCAGACAGGUGAUCACAAGUGUUAAGUCCGAGUGUGUGUCCCUUUACGUGUGUCUUUUGUGUGUGUCUGUGAGUGCGUUUUAAUGUCAUGUCUGUAUUUCAGUGUUUAUAGCAGAGAACCAUGUCUUUCUCCAGCAGAAAAAGAGGCACCUGCUCCGAUAGACACGUGUAACAUGAGACAGGAAUACUGUGGAAAAAAAAAAAGUCAUCAUAUACAUGCUUUAUGAAUCAGCUAUUCAU